AUGCAAAUCUUUGUGAAAACCUUGACUGGUAAGACCAUUACCUUGGAAGUAGAGUCCAAUGACUCGAUCGAGAACGUCAAGAGCAAAAUAGCCGAUAAGGAAGGGAUUCCAGCCGAUCAACAACGAUUGAUUUUCGCAGGAAAACAAUUAGAGGAUGGAAGAACCUUGUCUGAUUACAGCGUUCAGAAGGAUUCUACCUUGCAUUUGGUGUUGAGAUUGAGGGGAGGUUCUCUUUAA